AUGGAAUAUGCUUCGGCUGUCCCCCCGCCACCACUUCUCCUUGAUAUCAUGUCAGAUUACAAUGGCACUAAGGUAAUCGCAGUGCGUGCCGAUGAUGAGAGGACCAAAUGUUUUUGUUGGCGUUUGGCAGAACUAUUCUAAGCAUCUUGUUCUUGGAUCAACAAUCACUUUAAAGGAGUCGCAGGGCGAUAUCCUACAAAACAUCUUAGAACUUCUCAUCCAAUCCGCAGGCCAAUCAUUCUGGACGAUCAUCAGUUAUAUCAUACACCAAGCGCGAAAUAAUCGAUCACCAGAACAUCCCUUAUUUUACCAGCAACAAGGCGUUCUUCGAAAUUCGGGGUCAGCGUUGACGGCAGCAAUGAGACUUGGCCAACUCUCCGUCAACUGGCGGGAGCGUUAUGGAACCACGACCAAUCACUACCGAUUCAGGAGCGCUCUUUGCUAUAUUUUUGUGGCCCUUGUGGUGUCGGUGGGAUUUUCGCUUGCUAGCAUCUUUUCUUCUCAAAUCACCAAGUUAGCUAGCCAUGAAGUCCUUCUCCUGCUGAACGAUUGUGGUUUCUGGGCGUACAGAGACUAUGCAAUUCCCAAUAACGCAAAGAGGGCACUUCUAAUAGAUGCGUGGUCUGCAAUGUAUGCCAACACUUGCUAUAAGUCAGACCUGGAUCUUAAGUCAGACCUGGAUCUUUUGUGUGGCACAUAUAAGGUGAAGAGGAUCAAGACAUACCCCGACAAGUCAGUGCAGUGCCCAUUUCCGGGAAAAAUUUGUUUGGGGCCCGCAAAAUCGAAGGAAACCCAUUUGAUAGAUACGGCUGAGAUACUUGGAGUAAAUGCGAGGCCCUCAGACCGAUUACAGUUUCAAAAGGUGGCGACGUGUGCUCCUAUCAAUCUUUCGAAAUAUGUAGAGACUUAUAACAAAACAAUCCAGGAGGCAGGGCCAAGCUCCAGAUUUCUGACUGAAGAGGUGCGGCAAUAUUACUUAGGCGCUCGCGGUGGCGAGGGAAUAAGAAAUAAGAAGAAGAAUACAGCAAAGCAUAGAUCCACGGAUUUGACCUAUGAGUACUUUAAGUCUAAUGGAGUAACCUCUCCUGGCUAUCGGCUCCAGUAAGUGCUUGUGUUUAUCGUAUGGUAUAAAUUCUAACAUUUAAUUUUAGGGCCUUCCAUUCUGAAGUUGGGAAAUCUGAAGAAGAUGAAAAAAAACAACGAUCUGAUUGGACACCCAUUUCUGAUUUCAACCGCAGCGACACUGAUACAGUCGUCUUCAUUCUCUCUACGAGUGGAGUUUUAUACAGUAAUGAUAUCAGCGACCCAUUGUUUUCUGCGACGGUGUUAUCGGAUAAGAGCAUAACCUUCACCGGAGACAGAACAGACAAACAACCAGUCUUCCGCCCCAGAGACCCGGUUUCGAGCAUUGGAUGCAUAGACCAAUAUCAGAUAUGUAACCCAAACCAUCGCGACGGGCAAGGAAAAUGUACCCCUCUUGCGUCAGCUGCCGCUAUGCCAAAUGAAGCGUCCAAACUCAGACUCAACCGCCUCCAGAAAGCAACAGCGCGAAUUCUCAAUCACUUUUUGCAAGAGUCAGGCAUUCAUAACACGGUGAGCAGCCAGGGUGAAUCUGCUCUUAAAGCACAUGCGAUGUCAUACUCGUUGGGCAGAAAUGUUGUUCAAGUCGGAAAUGAGAGGGAAUUGAAGUGGGAAAACGAAUUUGACUACUGGUUUUCUGCCUCACUAGCAAGUCUACAGAUCAAUUUUGUGCAAAUGGUCACAGACAAAUCAAGUCAUCGCUACCCUCCUGGGGUAAUCAAACCACGUGGAAAUCUGUCAGUCGAGCGUGAAAGAGGACGAAGCGAUGUUCAGGAAGCUGGGGGUGAAGGAUUCAUCAGUUUAAAUACAACUGCAUCAGAUAAGGUUAUUUAUUCAAGUCAAAUAGUGCAUAUUAUGGAUGGGUACCAAAACUUUAGCCUUAUUGGCGUUAUUCUUAUUUUGGUGCUUUCAACCAUGUUGAUUGUUAUCAGUGUCUACAUCCAUGUCAUUGGAGGGAAAAUACAACAGAUUGUGUUUGGAAAUCCACUCGCUCGUGUUUCUUGGACAUCCGAUGGUUAUCUGCAACUACAACGCAUGGCCUAUGAUGGAGCAGGGUAUGAGGGCUGGCAUCAAUGCGCUACGGAUGAUGUACCACUCUGGAGGGAUGUUGAGAAGCUGGGGGGGUUAGACAUAUCCGAUAUCAACCAUCCUCGACUUUUGAGAGCUACAGACUUACUCGACAAAGCGAAAUCUCCUCCAGCUGAAAAUCACCAAAAUCACCAAGUUCCUCCAUUGCGAGAGUUCAGUACCUUGCCCCCUUACACCAAGGAACUGCCUCUUCUUCCGAUGCUAGGGGUCAAUCUAUCUAAUACGGUGCUGGGUACCUGUGAGACGCACUCAGCUGGCCAAGAGCAGGAAAGGGAGCAAGAUGCAACGGCAACUGAUCGCACAACCCUAUUCACAACGUUUUCUGGAACCACUUACGUGCAAAAUGACCGACCUUUACCACCGCUUCUACUGAGGUGA